AUGCCAAAGUAAAUAAGAAGCUAUAGACCUUUGAUAUCUCCAUUACUAACAUUUUUUUUUAUUUUUUCAUUAUUUUUAUCAAAUAAGUUGAAAUGGGAUCCUCCUUACCCUGCUUAGAAUUUAAAAGCAUAUCAACUAACAAAAAAUAAUUUGGAUAGCUAUCUGAGAUAUAAUGAUAAUCCAAUUAUUGAAAUCUCGAUUACUUAUAAUCACUUACUAUAAUAGCUGAGUAUUUAACCAACUCUUGGCAAUCAUGGAUUCAUUCCAUAAAUUUAUAGUAAUUAAUAAGAUCUUAUAGAUAUUUUAGUGCAAUAUUUAGUUGAAAUAGGAGCUAUUGAAGUUACGCAUAUGAUUGAUUUUGAAGAAAUUAAUGAUAAGAUUAAUGCAGUGGCAAAAAUGAUGCAUUCUAUUAUUUUUUUAAUUAUUUAGAGGAUAUACCAAAGCAGAAUAUUUAAAAAAUCCAAAGUUUCUUUAAAGAUUACAAGUAAAAUAUGA